AUGCAUAUCGUGGUGCUCGGCAGCGGAGUGGUUGGCGUCGCGACCGCCUGGAGCUUGCAGCGCGACGGCCAUGCGGUCACGGUGAUCGACCGAGCCGAGGAACCUGCGGCCUUCACGUCCUUCGCCAACGCCGGGCUCGUGGCCCCGGGUCACGCCUACGCCUGGUCUUCGCCCGGGGCGCCUCGCAUGCUGCUGCGCUCGCUCUGGCGCGGCGAUCAGGCGCUGCGCUUCCGGCCGAACCUGGAUCCGGCGCUCUGGCGCUGGACCUGGAAGUUCCUCCGGCAGUGCACGGCCGAGCGCGCGGCGCUCAAUACCGCGCGGAAGGCCCGGCUCUGCCUCUAUUCCCAGUCGCUGCUGCACGAGGUCGUCGCGGCCAGCGGCGUGACCUACGAUGCCCGGAACGGCGGCUUGCUCUACCUCUACCGGCGCCCGGAGUCCUUCACGGGCGCCUUGGAAAGGAUGCGACUCCUGACCGAUCAGGGCAUCGCCCUCGAAAGCCUCACGGCUGGCCGGACCGUGGCGCUCGAACCGGCAUUGGCGCCGCUCCGGGACAGUCUGGCGGGCGCGAUCUUCGCGCCGGGCGACGAGUCCGGGGAUGCUCGCCUCUUUACCCUGGGGCUGGCCAAGGCCUGCGAGGCCGGCGGCGCGGUCUUCCGCUUCGGCGAAACGGUCCAGGGGUUUCGCCUGGACGGUGGCGCGGUUCAGGCGGUGGUGACCGACAAGGGCGAGGUCGCCGCCGACGCCUUCGUGCUGGCCCUUGGCGUCUACAGUCCGCAGAUCGCCCGCCAGCUUGGUGCGCGCCUUCCGAUCUACCCGGUCAAGGGGUACUCGGUCACCCUGCCGGUCGCCGGCCGCAACCGCGCGCCCAGUCUGGGCGGGGUGGACGAGGACAACCUGGUGGCCUACGCGCGCUUCGGGGAACGGUUGCGGAUCACCGCCACGGCGGAGUUCGCCGGCUACGGAACCGGUCACAGGCCCGCCGACUUCUCGCGGAUGCUGGCCGUGGCGCGCGAUCUCUUUCCGCAGGGCGGCGACUAUCGGCAGCCGAGCUACUGGGCGGGCCUCAGGCCCAUGACGCCGGAGGGGACGCCCCUCUUGGGGCGCGGCCGCCACGCGAAUCUCUAUUUCAACACCGGCCAUGGACACAUGGGCUGGACGAUGGCUUGCGGGACGGCGGGACUCACCGCCGACCUGAUCGCCGGCCGCAAGCCCGCGAUACCGCUCGACGGUCUGCUGCUGCAGUGA